GGGGGGGCUUAAAAAUCCAAACAAAGCCAAGAGGAGGGGGAGGGGGGGGAGAAAACGAGCCAGAAACGCAAAAUAAGCAGUGUGCGGAUAACAAUAAGGACGGCGCGGCUAUAACGACGACUCAGAAGCCGACGAGCACGAUGAGUCCGUCGCUGGGGGCCCCCGAGGCUCGGGGGGGAGACCGCCUCUGUGGCGACGGCGGCAGUCGAAGCAACAGCGCUUGGCGUUCUCUAUGACCCCCCCCCGCGGCACUUCUUUGGCGAGGGUCCUGGUCGCCCCCAGUGAGGAGACGACGACGCCCCCCUCCGCCGCCGUUUCGUGUGUGAGGAAAAAGCUCUGGCUCCUCGCCGCCGCAGCCCCCCCUCGCACCACAGUUUUGACUGUUUCUUCUGUGGCGUCUGUGUGGAAAGUGCCACACACACUCCAGAACAACAACGGCUUUUGCUUGUAUCUUCCAGUGUUUCUUUUGUCAGCGAGUUCAGCAAAGUUGUAAUUCAAGUGCCAGCCCUGAUCAGAGUGAGGAACCAGCAACAGAGAUGGUAAAAAUGACAAAAUCCAAAACUUUCCAGGCUUACCUGCCAAACUGUCAUCGAACUUACAGCUGUAUCCACUGCAGAGCCCAUCUAGCCAAUCAUGAUGAACUGAUUUCCAAGUCCUUUCAGGGAAGCCAGGGACGAGCCUACCUCUUCAAUUCAGUGGUGAAUGUGGGCUGCGGUCCCGCAGAAGAAAGAGUCCUCCUGACAGGCUUGCACGCAGUAGCAGAUAUUUAUUGUGAAAACUGCAAAACUACUCUCGGGUGGAAAUAUGAACAUGCGUUUGAGAGCAGUCAGAAGUACAAAGAAGGAAAAUUCAUCAUUGAACUUGCCCACAUGAUCAAAGACAAUGGCUGGGAGUAAAAUCAAAUUAUUCUCAUUCUUUGUGGACAAUCUGUGGAACAUGCUUUAUAAAGACUAAUGCAAACAAACAAAACAAGGAUUUUGGUUGAGGUGGCUGAGAAAAAUCACUGAAUUUUUGAAACCUCCAAAAUAAGUAGUGUAAUUUGUGGCAUUUCUCCCUCUUCCCCCCCCCCCCUUCCUUUCUGGGCCAUGUUUUCGCCUUCUCCACUUUGUGUAAGUUCCUCUCUUUUGUAUAUGUAUUCCUGUGUGAACAGUUUUGGAUGAACUUUUUUCUAAGCUCCUGAAUCCUAGAGAAAUAGUUCCUUAAUGGCACAUUAGUUUUGCUGGCUGGCAUCUUAUCUUUCGACCUCUGCCUUUGAACACUCCUUUCCGCUGUGCAUGCUUUCUGUCCCCUACUGUCCCCAAAAUCUUGUUGGAGGCCUGAGCAGAUGGGAGUGGUCUCUCUCCUUUGUACGUAGCAAUUUCUGAGGUCUUUUUGCAGUGCAAAGGCUGCAGCGCUGUAGUAGCUGUUACCGCUUUGGAUAAUUUUUCAUGGACUGCAACCUGCAGGCAUCAUUUUGGCCAGGCUGGUAAGAGCUCAGUCAGUUGUACUGACUGAUGUUAGGGAAGGUUUGAUUUUUUUUUAAAAAAAAGAUUGGUUUGUUUUUAAACAGGCAGGGGAAGGUUGGACAAUAACUUGCAAGGAUAACUAAUACUGUAGAAUAUAUGAUAACCGAAAUCAAUACAUUCCUAAGAAAGUAAAGCUUUGGUCUGUUGUGGAAGAGCUUCUUAUAAAGUCUUCGAGAUCAAAGGGCACAAAUAUAUGCAGCUGUUGUUUUUAAGACGUCAGUGUACAAUGUCUUUGGUACUGUCCCUUUAUUAGGGGACUUGUACAUCACCUUGAGGUUGUAUGGCUGGUUCCAUGUAGCUACCUAGUGUUAAUGCACUGGACAAAGAGGUUGAUAUCAGUGAAGUGGUCUGUUGCUGCUGCCGCUGCAGCUCUUAGACGAAAUAUAUAUAUAUUGCCUGGAGAAAUGGCCAGAGGCUAUAGCUCUUACCACCGUUACCUGUGGCAGGCUGGAAGUUUUGGCAAGCAGGUAAGAAAGUGGCAAAUUGACUUAAAUCUCUUCAUAAAAUAGCAAAAAUAGUUUUUUAAAGGGGGAAGGGGAGGGGGAGGGUGUUUGAUUUGCUGGCUGAAUCAUCCCCAAGCACAUUUUUUGUAAUAAACAGUUUAUGUGAAACAAACAUCAUCUUGUAAUUUUUCCCAGCUGCUCCUUUGUUGGUGGUGGGUUUUUUUAAAGCGAGGUGACUCAAUCAGACACUUCUGUGAUGUGAUGGUGUGUGAGAGGUUCGCUGGAGGGAACUUGCAGGCAUACAGGAGAUUAGAGUGAUUUUAAUGCCUCUCUCUCCCUCUCUCUUUUUGCAUUCAUCUUUGUUCUGAAAUUUGUGAGAAGAAAAAUGUAUGGGAACCUUUUAUACUAACACUCCAUAACCGCUGCUAAUAGCAUGAAUCACAAGAAAGCCUUGCCUUGGAAAAUUCUGUUCCUUUCCUAAUUCAUGGCGCUUUCCAGUGUUCUCUCCUUGCUGGCUGCUGCUAACAUCCUCUGAUGGAGCUUUCAAAUCUCCAUUGCACUUUACCUGUACCUUUCAUGUAGGAGUCAUCUUUCUCUAAAGAUAAGUCCUUUUCCCCCCACCCCCACCCCCUUUGUGGCGGAGGAAUUCUUUCCCAAUUUAAAAUAUCUGGGAAGUAAUAUGGUUACACUGUGAUGCAAAAAGGAUAUUGACUUUACCUAUUUAAAUAUAUAUAUAUAUAGUUACCUCUUAGGCAUUCAAAUCCAAAGAGCUGUAUCAGUGACAGCUAGAUUCAAAUUUUUGUUUUGCCGAAUGUCAUUUUAUUCUGGUGCUUUAUUUAACGUGAACGAGUUUGGAUCCGUGAAUCUUCAGUACAGUACUUGAUCGCAAGUGCACUGUAAGCAAGAUUAACCUUGAUUUGCUUCUAGACAGAUGCUUUUUCGGUGACUGUAGUGCUACCACUCUUAAGUGAACAGGAAGUUCUUUAAAGAGGAAGUUCUUCCUAGCAAGGAGCUUGGACUCUAUGGUGGCUGGUUUAGUCUUAACCAUUCCCCAUAUGCCAUCAUUGUUGAUUUUUCUGGUCUAUUUGGACUGUCAGCAGUCAGCAUGGGUACUGCAGAUCUUCCGGGUCUGUGACACUUGCGGGCAUCUCUUGUGAUCGUGCCCUAGCAAAAUAUCAAUAACCCAAGUCAUACAUCACUUUUCAGUUGUUUUGAUUGGGAGGCCUAGUUUUCUCCUCUUCCCUCUAUCCCUUUAUUGCUUACAGCAGAAACAAUGAAUAACUUGAAUUCUUUUCCCUCUGGUACAGCAUCCACUGCCAACAACUGAAGUACCAAUGUUGUAAGCAGUAAGCUGUUUUUGUGUUGGCUCCCGAUGCUAGCUGUAACAAGUACCAUCUUUGGAAGUGUUCCUAGAUGUGUGUCUCUGUCAGUAGCAUGGCUUUGAUCAGUUGGAAGAAUUUAUCUUACCUGUAAGAAUCAGAUUGCAAGUUUGAAGGAGGGGCAUGAGACAAAGCAAUGAAGGGGGCACAUCUUUGGAGAGCAGGACAGCCUCUUUUUUAUCAGUGCAUUAUUUGUAUUCCAGGUGUAAGUCACUGUAUUCCAAGCGUAAGUCACGCACCAAUGCAUGUAACUGAAACCGUCAGCCUUUUUUCCCCCAAGGUGGAAAAAGCACUUGGGGGAUUGACUGUCAUACAUCACUUUUGAUUGUGACUGAAAGGGGUGUUUAUCCCUUUUAUGCCUCAAAUCACUCUUCUCCCCACACUCUCCCCUUGCAAGGGCAAGUGUGCGUUUGAAACUUGGGGACAGGAGAAGCUACUAGAAGUAUGUGUGACUUAACAGCAUCUUGUUACUCUUUCUCCACUCUCUUCCCCCCUCCCCAAAGCAGUUUUCAGCAUAAGAAAAGGGCUGUUGGGCUUCAGCUGCAUUCAUUUGCAGGGACCCUAGGUGUCUUCUACUCUAAUCCUUGAGUUGAUCUGGAUGCCAAAAGCUGAGAUUCUGAAAGGUUGGCACCUGGAAUAUCAAACUGAAGAUCAAUACAACUGUGGUGCAAACACGCAGUUAAGAAUAUCUAACAGAGCAAUAUUGUAUGAUUCUGAAAAAGGGACGGGAGAAUUUGUGGAGAAUUUAAAACUGAUACCACAAGUAUCAAGUAGCAUCUGGGGCGGGGGGGCGGGUUGGUUAGUUAACUAUUUUGUACGUUCCAUUGGAGGAGACUCUAAAAUUGGCUGCUUUGAUUGGGCAGUUUUGGUGAAAAUAGACUCCAGAUACUGAUAGAUGUUGGUUGAGUAUAAAUACAGAUCAGUCUGGUUACUGACCUUUCCAGCAUUACAUAAAAACAUAAUACUUGAAGAGCAUUUUGCAAAGAGCAUUUUUCCCUAUAACCGUUUUUUUUGGUAACGUAUUGUAUUUAAGGUUUUUGUGUGUUCUUUCUGGGCAAGUGGACGCUUCCCCUCUGACUUGAGCACUUUUGUUUCCUGUUAUAUUUUAUUACUGUUGGUCUUAACAUUUAUUUUGUAUUUUUUUAAUAAAUCGUAACAAUUUGCGUGGGGGUUGGGGUGUGAAUUUCGAGUGUGUUAUCUGCUAGGGUUUUGCGUUUUGUUCUGGGUUAUAUAUGAAUGGACUACAAGCUGGUUCUUGGAAAGAAUGUUCAUUUGCACAGACGAGAAUGUGCUAGCAAAAACGUACAUGUAUUGAAGUAUUCCUCCCCCUUUUGAACUCAAUAUUCAACUUUAUCACCAAACAGUGUGACUUGGCUGAGGACCAGUUUGGUUGCUUUGAAAACCUCCAACUCCAUGGAGGGAGGCACAUGGAGGAAGGAGUGCCGUAGCCUGUGCAGCCAGCCUGAUGCACACGGGGACCUGACUCCAAGGAUGAACACAGAAGCCAUGGCCGCCAGCACUGGUUGCACCAGAUUGGAUGUUUCUUCCUCUGCACAAAAUCGUCUUUGGGGUGUGCUGUGCAUGGAGGAUUUUGGUGCAUCUCAGUUGACCCUGUGGAUGACCUGUUUCUUGUUUUCUAGUUCCUGUGGCUUGAAUGUUACCGUACUGAAAAGUGGCUCCAAUGUGGCCAUUAUUCCUCUGUCUUAACAACUUUUGCUGCUUUUUUUUUAACCAUCAGAAGAAAUUGCCCCACCUCCAACCUCUUUCUAAGUUGCAACGCUCACCCUGUGUCUCAAAUGAGGGCUUGCUUUUCCACCUCACGGUUUGUUUUGUACAUGUGGGCUUGACUUGGUGUACUAACUAUCACAAAUUGCUUAUUUAACAAUCCACAGCAUCUCUCUGACCACAGCCUUCAAUAAAAAUGGGGGCUCAAGAGAGUGGCUUUUUCAUUUGGCUAACAGUUUAAUUUAUAGGUUUGGAGACAGAGCUAUACUGAAGUUUGUCCUGUUGCAUGUCUUAAAACAUGGCAAGUUAAAAUUUACCCCUUAUCUUAAAAGAUAAGAUGCUCAGCUUGCUUGGCAUCUUAUCUUUUAGAACCAUGUGGCAGUUUGUUGGAAGUUUACAAAGUCAAGGUUUAAAUCAAAGUAACUAGUUAUAUUUUGAGGGGAAAGGAGAGCCCCCGGGUCAGCAUCAGUAGGGGUGUACUCCGCUUGAUUUUGAAUGCACUUGCAGUUAAAGAAUCUUACAAAACACUGAUCUGUUCUUGUCUGCCAUGAUAACUUUGUUUAUAUUGUCAUACCCAGAUAGCUGCAUGCUUUAAAAACAUCCAGGUUGUACAAGGAGGAGUAAGAAUGGAAGCAAGCGUUCAAACUAAUGAUUUAGUAGCAUCAUGUACUGUACUAUUUGUGUAAACCGACUAGUAAUAUAACUUAUUUGUUGUAAAGAACAGGAAUUUCAGAAACCUCAUAGGGUCAAACACACGAGUCAGAGGUGGCCAUUGAUGUGCCUCGUUGCUGGAACACUUUUGAAAUUCUUUCUUUUACAGCUGAUAUGGCUUCUUUCUGGUUUUUGUCUUAGCAAUACUGUACACAAUUUGUUGUUUCAUUUUGUUGUAUCUAUUUGAGGUAUCACAAUAAAAGCUUUCAGUUUUAUUGAA